AAGCUGGUGAACCUGGGCUUCGCCACGCUGCGGGAGCACGUCCCCAACGGCGCGGCCAACAAGAAGAUGAGCAAGGUGGAGACGCUCCGCUCCGCCGUCGAGUACAUCCGCGCCCUGCAGCAGCUGCUCGACGAGCAUGACGCCGUCAGCGCCGCCUUCCAGGCGGGCGUCCUCUCGCCCACCAUCUCGCCCAGCUACUCCCACGACAUGAACUCCAUGGCGGGCUCCCCCGUCUCCUCCUACUCCUCCGAUGAGGGCUCCUACGACCCGCUCAGCCCCGAGGAGCAGGAGCUUCUCGACUUCACAAGCUGGUUCUGAGCGCCGGCCGCGCUCCCGCAGGACAGUUGCAAAAGGGAAAAAAACAACACACAAAAACCAAAAAAAAAAAACCACCACACAAAACCAGAUCACACACAGAGAGACAAAAAUCCACGCGGAAAAAGAACUUGUUGCGUUUCCAGCUCCCCUGCCGUCGGAGGGCGGUGCGGGCACGUCUCUCGGCGGGCGGGCACAGUCGGGGCGGCUCCGGAGACCGG